CUCACACGAGAAUGAAUGGCGAAAGGCGAAAAUGCUGAGAUCGUGCUGAGAUAGUGAACAAACAGAUAUCUCAGAGAAUCUGAUGUUUUCCAAUCCGGCGAGAGGUUUUCCCGAUGAACUUCACGUCGGGGUGAAGAAUUCUUCAAACCUUUGAAUUCUACAGAUCUGUGUUGUGUCCAUCCUGUUGGGAACCUCAAAAUUUCCUACUAACAUACAUUCUGUGAAAUAUCGCAUAAAAAUGGCUCAAGAUCAUAUGUUUUAUGAAAUCUCUACUAAAUUAGCAAGGGGAAACUUUGUCUAAGUUUUCUAUUCUACCCUGUCAUCAUGAGUGGGUGCACCUCUAAUAAGCAGGAAAACUCAGAGCUCUAUGAUGAGCUACCACCUUUAAUUUCCCCUUCAUCGUCUCACAAGAAGUUGGUCAAAGAUGACUCGGAUGAGUUCACCUCAGGUUGCCAUAACUACACAGCAGGAGGAUAUUCAUCAGACAAGUUUGCACCGCAGCAUUCAUCCUCAAACACCCUACACAAUAAUAAAUACUACCAAGAGUUUCCAAGCUCUUCAUCAGAUCAGAGCACCUCGGAAGAUGAUUCUGAUGAAGACUCUUUAGCUUGCAGCAGUAACGCAGCAGGUAGAAACUGUGCAAAUGAUUAUGACCUCAACAAAGACCCUUCCACCAAUAAGAAAUUUUAUCAUGCCUUCUCCAGUGCCUCCUCGUAUUCUAAUUCCACGGAAGACGAUCCUGAAAAAUAUACUCCAGUUCAUGAUAAGGACACAGCAGGGACUUACUCUUCAGAUGAGUUUGAACCCAAUGCUUGCUCACCAAGUACAGCUGGCUUUACCUCAGUCAAUAAUACAUUCAAGGAGCAAGAUCAUUUCAGAAACCCAUCCAACUCUAUGCUUAAUCAAAAUUCUCUGGACAACCAUCUUGCCACCUUUAAUUCAAGUCACGUGAAACAUUCGGCAAAUUUAUCUCAAUCAAACUCUGGAAUUAGUCAGAGAAAAGGUCAAAACCUUAAUCUUUUACCCGUCAAUUUACUUCAGGACACUUGGAGCAUCAAGCUCAAUUCUUUGCCCACCACGUACCAAAAUAUUUUACAAGACUUAACCAGAAAGGUUGAAUCUUAUCAGUUAAAUUUUUUCACACCAAAAAUUGAUGACCAAUCAGAAAUCAAGCUACAAUUAAUAUGCAACCUUUGUGACAUAACAGUCCCCGUUAUAAGGUUUGAAAGUCACGUUCAGGAUCAAAAACACCUUCAUAAAUUGGCUGAAAAAGCUCAUCACUCCAACCUAAACUUUUCAAAGCAUCCAAUCGAAAUAAAGCCAGAUGCUACCCUAAAUGCAGAAUCAAAAGAUCAGCCUAUAAUUAAUUUUGAAAAUUCCUCGAAGACUGCAGAAGCUGCUCAUGAAAAAGCAGCUCAAGCAUUAAUAAAAUGUUUAAAGACGGAGGACAAGAGAAUAGGGAAUGACCUUCUGCGCAGGAUAGAGUAUGAGAUUAUUAAUUUCAAGCCAACAUACGAAUACAACAAACUUUAUUUUAGCUGUAAAUUAUGUUGGCUGAAAUUAUUACCAGAAAAUGUUGAGUCUCAUAUUCAUACUGCAGCUCACUUGACACGUUCAGAACAAAAUUUUUCUCAAAGAAAACAGCAGGCCCAUGAAGACAAAGUUGAUGAUAAAAAAAUUCGUAGAGAUUCGUAUUGUCCUCCUAAUGAGGUGAAGGAAACACUUGCUUCAACUGGCAAAAACGUACAUGAACGUGAGAAAAAAAUUAUCAUGGACUUCGGGAAGGAUGCAGACAAGAUCCUUGAAUCUUUUGAGUUAACGUAUUGUAAUGGCAACCAGCUUAAUUUCAUUUGUGACGUCUGUCAGCUAUGUUUAUACCCCAAAUAUGUACGUUCUCAUCUGAAUAGUUGCAGUGGUGUAAGAAAUCUAAUGAAAAAUUUAUGUCUGGUUUAUUUAGAGGAUCUAAAUGCCGUGAACAAAGGCAUUUUGAACAGACUUGUCAAUCGAUUAGAUGAUCAGGUAAUUUUUUUUCAGCUUCACUAUAGAUUUGGAUCGAAUAGACUUCGUUUUUUUUGCUACGUAUGUCACUUAGUUUUAAACAGUGAGGAAGUUGAUCACCAUGCUCAUAGUGGAAUGCAUGAAAAAAAAUUAAAAAAGCAACCGUUCAGCUUGAAGAUUGAAUCAUUAAACGAGCCGAACAGACUGAUUGUCGAGAAAAUCACCGAUGCCAUUAAAGAAGGAAUAUCAGAUUUCAGCUUGUCGUACAAAAUUGGCACAAAGGAGUUGUAUUUUUACUGUAAACUUUGUCAGAGAACGCUGAGUCCUGAUGCGGUAGAAUCCCACGCCAAGUUAUCACAGCACUUAAGUCUUGUGCCGGUUAAGAAAUGCAACUUCCCUGCAGUACAAGACUCACCUGAUUCAAACUUCGUUCCUCAACAGGUUAGUCAUAAUACCAUGCCCGUAUUUUCCAACGAUUUUGCACAGCCUGAGAAAACCACCGCUUCUCUCGCCGAAAUCAAUGUGAAUAAAAAAGUUGCUCACAUGAGUGAAAGAGACAAGAAAAUAAUUCUAGGCUUUGGACAGGAUGCAGAGAGGAUCCUGAAUUCCUUUGAGUUGUCGUACAAAAAUGCCAAAAAACUUAAUUUCAUCUGUAAUGUAUGCAAAUUAUGUUUGUACCCAAAAUAUGUGCUAUCUCACUUGAACAGUUGUAGCAAGGUAGAGAACCUGUUGAGUGACUUAUGUUUAGUUUUUUUUCAGGAUCUAAACAAUAUGAACAAGGAAAUUUUGAAUAAGCUCAUUUGCCAGCUGAACAAUCGACUGAUUUUUUUGCAGCUCCAUUACAAAUUUGGAACAAAUAGACUUAGGUUUUUUUGCCAGUUAUGCCUCGUAGUUUUAAUCACUGAGGACGUUCAAGGUCAUGUCUCCUCCAAAGAGCAUGAAAGAAACUUGAAAACCAAAUCAUUCAGCUUAAGAUUAGAAUCUCUGAAUCAGCCAAACUUUUUGUUUGUUAAUGAAAUCAGUUCUAAAAUCAAAGAGAGAAUGGCAGAUUUCAGUUUACUGCACAAAAUUGGCACUGAAGAACUAAUUUUUUAUUGCAAGCUCUGCCAAAUCACACUCAAUCCAGAAAAAAUGGAAGAACACGUUAAGUCAUCGCAGCAUUUAAGUCAUCUUCCUUUAAAAUAUGAUAUCUCUGAGCAGAAGGAUCACCAUCUUAAUUUUAAACUUUUCUCGCACCAGAUCACUCCCAGCACUGGUAGUAGAUCCACUGACGGUGAAGAACGAAAAGAAACACCCGUAACCUUCGCUAAGACGAGAGUGAGUGAUAAAGUUGCUUCAUCUAUUCACCAUUUAAAUGAACGUGAUAAAAAAAUCAUCUCAAACUUUGGGAAGCAAGCUGGAAAGAUCCUCAACUCUUUCACACGAGAGUAUGACAAUUUAGACAGACUUAACUUCAUUUGUAAAAUUUGCAAACUAUCUUUAGCCGCGAGGUACGUCAGGUCUCAUCUCCAUAAUUGCACUGGUUUGGAAAAUGUUAUGAAAAAUUUUCAGUUUGUAAAUUUAGAAGAUUUGAAUGCCAAAAAUACAACCAUAGUAAAACACCUCAGCAAUUCACACGAGAGCAAAUUGUACAUUUUUCAGCUUCUUCUUGGUGCUGGAUCGAAUGAACUCUUCUUUUUUUGCAAAGCUUGCAACUUAAUUUUAGGCUCAGAACUUGUCGAGGAUCAUAUCUUUUGCAAUUCUCAUCAACAAUUUCUUCUGUCAAAUCCGCCCAGAACAGCGUACCAGUCUCUCAGUAAGACAAACCAACAAACAAUCACUUGUAUCGCAAAUGUCAUCGGGAAUAGAAUUAGUGACUUCAAUUUUGUUUAUAAAAUUGGCACCGAGGAACUUCAAUUCCUCUGCAAAGUAUGUCAUGAACUGGUGCAUCCAGACGUAGUGAAAGACCAUGUCAAGUAUAAAAAGCACUUAGAACAUGUUAAAGCAAUAUUGGGAAAUAGUCAUGGUGUUAUGGAUAAAAUUCCUAGGCCACCAACUUCCGUCGGUGAAACUUCAAACGCUAUGAGUGAGCCCUCUAAUUUAGUCUCUAAGUUUCCUUCUAUUAACAAAGAGUUUUCCAUUGUCAGUUUUGAUGAUUUAAGUGAAAUACAGCAGAAAUUAGUUCAACUAAGUAUAAGUAAAGAAGACUUUAAAUUUUUUGAAUUUUUGCUAACAACUGAAUCAAGUAAACUUAGUCUUCGGUGCUUGCUGUGUGAUUUAACUCUAGAAUGCCCAGUCGUAUUAGCACAUGUACUUAGUUCAGACCAUGCAAACAAUGAAAAACUGAAUGGUUUCCUUGAUCAAUUCAUUCAUGUUGACGAGUCGUCAAAGAAUAAACUGAGGAAUCUAUUCAUGUUGAUCGAUAGCCAAGUGAGCUCUUUCUUAUUGUUACCCCUCAGCGACAGAGGAAGACACAAAAUUAAGUGUAAAAUCUGUGGUCUGUCCGUCUUUUUAAAUACAGUGAAUCCAAAAUGGCUUGCAGAACAUUUGCAAUCUCAUUCAAGAGAAAUUAAAGGUGUUGAUUCAAACCGCAUAGAAGCUUUGACUUCUAAUGAUUCAAAAUUUGUCACCUGCAAGAACCCACAAGAGCAAAAAGUUGAACAGGAAAGUUGCUUGCAAAGUGCUUCAAGUGAAAUCAAAACCACUGUCAUUCCAUUGAAUACAGACCAAAAUAAGUCAAAUAUUGCCAAUAAAAACUCUUAUAUAAAGGAAGAACCAGUCAAGAAGCUCAAAGAUUUAAACCCCACCUCCAGCAAUAAAGAUGAUGUAGCAGGACCUUUUGUUUGUAGAGACUGUAAUGCAAACCUCAAUUCCAAAAGAGCUGGAGACAACAAACUUUUUGUCAGGUGUCAUGGAAAAUCUAAUGAGAAGACCCUAUCAAGCCUGAAUGAACGUCAAUCUACAGCAAAAGCAGAACCCCUAGUACCAGGCUCCGAAAUUAUAAGCAAACUCGAUAAACAAAUUUUUAAAAAUCUUAUUGAUGAAAUUGGUUUUGAAAUGAAAGACUUCGACUUGAUGCUUGAACCCACCUCUAAGGAGCUUCGGUUUAAGUGCAAAUUUUGCCUCUUCAUUCUGCGGCCUGAAUCUAUGGAAUCGCAUAUUAAAACAGGAUACCAUCUCAAACUUUCCAAGAUGGCAGGCUUACAGAACCUAGGAUUUGAAGCUCUGAGUGCCACUGGUAAAGAGACCGUUAAAGAUAUUUUCAAUGUGGUAGGAAGUGGUAUCCAAUGUCUCGCUGUUGAGACCACAGUUCACUUUUUUUGUAAACCUUGCUCUGCACAUCUGUCAGCAGACGAUGUUAAGAAUCACUUUUUAACCGAGGAACAUCGCAAACGAAGUUCAACCCAUGUUAAUGUAACCGAGCUUUCAUCCUCCAAAUCACCACCUACGAGCGGCUUUACAGUUCCCAAUAAUAAUGCUAAUGAAAUCUCUGAUACAACAAAAAUUCCAACUUUGGGAAAAGAGAACCUCACCAGUAAGAUUAACUUUCCGCUCAAAAUUCCUGCAAACUCUUUCUCUUUCCACAAAGCAGAACCUGUUGCAGAAAAAAUUAAGACUUCGACUCCAACUCUGAGAAAAGAGACUCCCCAGAGUACGACUAACUUACAGUCCAAAAUUCCUGCAGACCCCGUAUCUUUCAAGAAAGCAGAAAUUGUCACAGAAAAGACUUCAGCUAUAGGCUUGAAUAUAAUGAACCUUCCUAAGAAAAAAGUUCUCCCCAACAGUGCAGGCAACUUAAUCAACAGUGGUGCUUAUCCUAAAAAAAUGACUGCGGAUGAUGAUAAUUCAUUUGAGAUUAUCGAGAGACCUCAGCAAAUGUCAAAGAGUUGUGUCGGAGAGGUGUUCAACCAACACCCUCAAACAAAAUCCUCUUAUAAAAAAAGAGACGUAGCUCCUAGCCCUUUUUCAAAGUCAUCAAGUAUGAUAUUCCCUGAACAAAGGCUCCCAAAGGCGGUCACAACAUCCCAGCGUGCGUCAAGUAUUUCCACAAGAAUGAUGAAUGACCUCAGCCGCACUUCAGAAAGGAUCCUUAAACCGAAACCAGUCACUUCAUCUCAAAAUUUUCCAACCAGCUCUCUGAAUAUUGAAAAGAGUAGCCCUCAGCAUACUUCAAGGAUGACUCUCGAACCAGAACCAGUUAAUAAAUAUGAAUCCCGCCUUUCUGAGGAGAGGCAAGCUUCAAAUUGGAAGCUGGUUGAUAAUAGCUUACCUGAUCUCACUAGUAAGCCUAAGCUGCCACAAGUCAUCAAACCUCAAAAUAGUUUGAAUAGCUCGUCGAGUGGUGGAGGUAAAUCGAAGAACUCUGAUAAAAGUUCAUCGAAAGACUCCUGCUCACUAAUGUGAACUGCCAUUUGGCAGCUGCUCCUACUCUUUUUGACAACCUUAGUUGCAUUUGAGCUGGAGACUUAGUGAAAUUUUAAAUGUUUGGAGACAAAUGAGUAACAAACGGGCCAUGUUAAACAGAGAGGAACCAAGCUACAUCAGCUAUUGCCAAAUUUAAUUGGGGAUUUAAAUUUUUUACAAAAACGGCUUUGCGAAUUUUAGUGCAAAUUUCAGUGGAUUUUCUACAUAGUUCGAAGUGAAUUCCUUUAAAUCAAAGGAAUCCACACAAACGUUCUCUGGUAAAAAAUUAAAUUGCCCAGUCAAAUUUGGCAAUAGCUGAUGUGGCUUGAUUCCUUUUUGUUAAACGCGGUCCAAACAGUAUCUCACUUAUCUGUGGAGUAAAAAUUGCUGCCGACCCCAGUUUACAGAUAUUUUUCAUCAAUCAGGUAGCAAUUUUUUUUCUUUGCUUACCUUCAGUGCCUCAUAAAGGCCUUAGAAUCUGGACGCUCUCAUUUUUCUCCAUUUCACAACACUUAAAAUAUUCCAAAUUAAUUCGAUUUUUCUUCUCCUCUCUUCUUUUUGUAUGAAAAAUCAAUUUUUUUAAACCAGAAACCAAACAGGUAGUAAAAACUCAAUACUUUUUGCUAUUGUCUAUUUUGGUAAGUGUUUUUUUUUGUUAUGUUUCAUUACUGUAUUUUUUAUACCAUGUAUGUUUUUGCUGAAUGAUGUUAUUACAAUUAAGGAAUAGUAUUUUUAAGUAUUUUUGUAAAAGAUGAAACAUUUAAAUAGAAUGAAGGAUCAUAAUUUUUCUACCUCAACAAAAUUGUUAGAAGUCCCCGUUAUUAUGCUGAACAUCGCAGAAUGCAGGAGAAGUGAUACUUGCAAUUUUGGCUGCAUUUCUGAACAGACUUUAACUAUUCAUAGAAAAUGAGAUGAUCCUUCUCACUUUUGAACUGAAUAAAAGGGUGUAGAAUAGGAGUGGA